GACUAAUGAACUAGUUAUAAAAGAAAUAAAUGGAAAAAAUGGGAGGAAAAAAUGGAGGUGAGAAAGGAAAAUAGGUUUGGGCCCAAUAAGGAAAUGAAUAUGUAGCUUAGUAUUAGAUUUGAAGGCAAAGAAGGAGAGGGGAAAGCUUUGCGAAGGUUGUGUCGUGAGAAAUUGAGAGCGAGCAUGGGAAGUAGAAUGGGAAAAAGGGUGGUGCAGUUGGCAAACCUACCGAUAUAGCUUUUGAUGCCGAACAGCUUCACCAACAUUCGUGAAAUCGCGAUCAAGACCAUUCCUUCGGCCUCCAAGAUCGAGAUCAAGCGCGUUCUCGAAUCCCUCUACGGCUUCCAGGUCGAGAAGGUUCACACCCUGAACAUAGAGGGCAAGAAGAAGAAACGGGACUGGUUGUUGAUCGCAAAACCCGAUUACAAAAAGGCCUACGUCACCCUCAAGAACCCGCUCUCCAUUUCGCCGGAUCUCUACCCGAUUCGAAUCAUCGAGGAGGAUAAAAAGAGGGUCCACAAGCAAACUAAGUCCAGCGUCGUUCAGGAAGAGGCUAGAAGUCACUGGCUCGAUGACGAGGGAGAGAGGGCUUCUCCCUGCACUCCACCACUUCCUCUCUACACCUCCACAUUCUGUAAAUAUGAGAUAGUUAAAUGAUAUUUAUUGCGCAGUCAAUUUUUA